CAUAGAUGGCCCAGAAGCCUCCAAGUGCAUCCGGUAGUUUCAGCCAUGCAUACGUACACUUGUAAGGCCACUAGUCCUCCACGUUUCACCUAAGAAUUUCCAUUGUAAUGCACCAAAUAUUUUUUCCCUAUAUUACCUUAUCAGGAAUCAACAAAAAGAAGAUUACUAACUAUCUUGAACCCCGACAAAAAUCUAUCUUCUUACAAGCUAAACAAGAACCCAAAACAAUGUCCAAGAAAACAAUUGAAGUGGUGAAGAAUUUGGACAUCAGCAGAUACAUGGGAAGGUGGUACGAGAUAGCUUCAUUCCCAUCAAUAUUUCAGCCUAGGAAUGGGGUGAACACAAGGGCUACCUAUAUUUUGAAUGAAGAUGGGACAGUGCAUGUGCUUAAUGAGACUUUUACUGAUGGCAAAAGAGUGUCUAUAGAAGGCUCUGCCUACAAGGCUGAUCCCAAGAGUGAUGACGCAAAGCUGAAAGUGAAAUUCUAUGUUCCUCCUUUCCUGCCCAUCAUUCCUGUUGUUGGGGAUUACUGGGUUUUGUACAUUGAUGAUGAUUAUCAGUAUGCUCUCAUUGGUAACCCUAGCAGGAAGUAUCUUUGGAUAUUAUGCAGGCAGACGCAAAUGGAUGAUGAAAUCUACAAUCGGCUGGUGCAGAAGGCCAAAGAUGAGGGUUAUGAUGUGAGCAAACUGCACAAGAACCCACAAAGCGAUCCUCCACCAGAAGGAGAGGACACCCCCAAGGACACCAAAGGCAUUUGGUGGAUCAAAUCCAUAUUUGGAAGGUAGGAAUCUGAAUGAUGAUCUAUAUAUGCAUGGUUUAAUAGAAGAACACGAAUAAAUAGUGGUUCAAAAUCCAGUUUAUAGCAUAGAAUUAGCAGUCUAAAGUCAAUUUCCAUCUUGUGUUUGUUUUGUAAAGAAAUUGAUGUAUGAAUGUAAGUUCUUGUUGUCAAUAUCCCUGAACUAUGUACAUUUUGAUGGUUUGGAUCAUGAACUCAUCUAGCUGUAUGCAAGUUUGCCAUGGUGUGUACGCAAAAGCAUGAUGGAAGAAGGAUUAUAAAACGUGUACAAUUAUACUUGGUUCUUGGAAACCAAUUAUGGAUGGUGGUUGAAUAUGAUCAGGGUCCAUCUUUAACCUCAUCCCUUCUCUGAUGUGACAGCAUGCUUAUCUAUAUGUUAUUAUCAUGAAUGCAAUAGGGAUAA